CCCUACUCGUUCAAAAACCCUUCCUUCUGACAUUUCGGUAACACCUUCACAGUCCCAUUCUUGCUUCUCCAAAAAAACCAUUCCUUUUCCCAUUACCGUAAUACCUUUACAAUCCUACUCUCCCCCCUCCACAAAUUUCCCCACAAUGAAGGCCGCCAUAGCUUUUUCUUCUUCAACAGUUACUCUAUAUACUGACGUUUAACCAACUUUUAAGCUCUUGUCAGAUUCAUCAAAACACUUCCCUUGAUUCCAUACCACUUCGCUUGCUCAGAAGCAAAGCCCCUUUAGAUUCACCUGCAUCUAGUAACACCGAGCACCCAUUCUUUCGGCUACUUUUCUCCUCCUCUUUCUCCCUUUGCCAUUUUCUUUCUCCGAUUUGGAGAUUUUUUUAACAGCUUGGAAGGCUUGGCUGACUCUUCGGUGAACGUUUAAAACUGUAAAAACCUUUUUUUUUCUUUCAGUUUGAGUCACAGGGUUCUUCUGUUCUAUCCGAAAUCUAUGAUAAAUUUUCUGUUUUUCUUCUUCUUCUAUUUCUAGCACAAGAUCACCAAGUGGUCUCCUCCUCCUCGAACUUUCCCAAUGUCGUCGCCUUGCCUGAUAAAGGGCGGCGGCCGGACUUACAGGCUUGAUCUGGAAAUCGUCACCAAAUCUUCAUCGCUUUCAUCUCUUUCCUCCAGUUUACCCGAGUCAAGCAACUCUACCCCCUUCUUUAUCUCUACUAAAAGAGCUCGAUCUCCUCGUAAGCGCCCUAACCAGAGCUCAGCUGAAGCUGCCGCCCUCCUCUCUACCAUAUCUCCCAAACUCUUCUCACCUACCAUUAUUCGGCGAACAAAUUACUUUCCUGCUCGUCUCCACUCCUUCCCCAUUCCCGAUGAUGCCACCAUCCUGCUUCGCGAGUCGCCCUCAGUUGGGAUGCUUCCCAUCAGAUUGGAGGCAAAGUUGUCAGAUUCUUCGGUUUGCAGCCUUCCAUACUCUCAUCAGUUUCAGGACCCUGGCUCACCUGAGUUCCACGCUGAAUCCAUUCUAGCCAAUGAGAUAGAGGAAAGCAUUGACAGUAUAAUGGGUAUGGGCAACCUCUCAAUGAGCUCAAACUACUUCAAAGACGCCAAUUUGGAUUGCUUGAUGGGGUUUGGUUUUGGCAUUUCGCCAAACAUUAGGCGGGCGUUGAAGCAGAAGGAGAAAGGAGAAUGGUGGUGUGCGGAUGUUGUGGAUGUGAAGGAUAUUGUUCCUAAGCCAAAAGCCGCACCGGUGAAGACGAAGACGAAGGCGAAGAAGAAAAAGGAGAAGGAAGAUGGGAUGGAGCCGCGGCUGUGGCUGAAACUUGACUAUGAUGAAGUUCUAAAAGAGUGGUCCGGCGGCUCGCCGUUCUCCGGCGAGGCAUUGCCGGUGGAGUCCGCCGCCGAAGUUAUUGCUAGGUUGGCAAGCAUUGACUUGUUUCCGGAUGUUGGAGGGGGAGCUUUGAGAGAAGAAGCGAGCGUGCAAUUGUACAAAGAGAAGCAGAGGGCCAGCAUCUUCUUUAGAAAGAUCGGCAACCAAGUUCGCAAGGGUUAUGGCGACCAACGACAUAGAAUGAAGAUAAUGAUAGAUGAUAAACAGCAAUCUCGUUGAAAUUGGGUAAGAAAUGAAGCAUAUUGAAGGGGAAUGGAAACCAUUGAUGAUAAAAAGAGAAGAAGCUUGCUGUAUUUUCAUAUCAUCCAAAAGCGUAUUUUCAUAUCAUCUUAAAGUGGAAUUGUAGCAAAUAGAUCCUAUCUCCUUUUUACAAAAUAACACUUCCUACCAUGAUGCACCAAGUGGCAGCAUCCUGAACAGAUAAUUGCAACCCUCUCAAUCUUAUUAGGGCAGUUUUAUAUGUGCUAAUACUUUGCAGGUCCAGCAUAUAUGUGAUAAUUCCUAUGUUUUUCAGCAAUUUGAAAGGUUCUUAAUACAUAGGAUUACAGGCAAUUUUUUUGUAACACAAGGUUAAUGGUGCCAUGAUAUUGGGGCGUUACAGACAAUUUUUUGUAUAUUCAGCUGGGUUGGAUAACCCCUUGCAGCUUUUAGAUCGGUUGGUAGAGUCCAAUCUAGUA